AUGCGCAAGCAUUUGUCUGACGUGUACCCAGGUCUUGCCACAAUGAAGGCCUCUGCUGUUCUUCUCCUGAGCGCAGUCCUGGGGGCGUGCUGCGUGCUGGCAGCUGCAAGUGAGCCUGCAACCUGGGCUACUGCUCACUGCCAGUGCACCAAGGAGCGCGCCAUUGUUUGCGGCGCGGAUGGCACCUCUUACCUAAACAAGUGCUGGGCUGAGUGCUCCGGAACCACUGUAGAGCACGAGGGCCCUUGCGGCAAACUGGUUUCUGACGUCAGCGCCUGUGACUGCACCAAGGAGCGCGCUCUGGUGUGCGGUGCCGACGGCCACACUUACCUCAACAAGUGCUGGGCCGCAUGCGUUGGAACUGAAGUCAAGUACGAGGGCGCAUGCGAGAAAGUUGCUGACGUCAGCGCCUGCGAGUGCUCCAAGGACCGCGCUCUGGUCUGCGGCGCCAACGGCCACACGUACCUCAACAAGUGCUGGGCCGCUUGCGUUGGAACCGACGUCGAGCACGAAGGCGCAUGCGAGAAGGAUGCUGACGUCAGCGCCUGCGACUGCACCAAGGAGCGCGCUCUGGUGUGCGGUGCCGACGGCCACACUUACCUCAACAAGUGCUGGGCCGCAUGCGUUGGAACUGAAGUCGAGUACGAGGGCGCAUGCGAGAAAGUCGCUGGCGUCAGCGCCUGCGACUGCACCAAGGAGCGCGCUCUGGUCUGCGGCGCCGACGGCCACACUUACCUCAACAAGUGCUGGGCUCGGUGCGUCGGCACUGACGUCGAGUACGAGGGCGCAUGCGAGAGAGUUGCUGACGUCAGCGCCUGCGAAUGCGGCAAGGAGCGCGCUCUGGUCUGUGGCGCCAACGGUCAUACUUACCUGAACAAGUGCUGGGCUGCGUGCGUUGGCACUGACGUCGAGUAUGAAGGAGCCUGCGAGAAGGUUGCUGACGUCAGCGCCUGCGACUGCCCCGAGGAGCGCGCCGACGUGUGCGGCGCCGACGGUCACACGUAUUCCAGCGAGUGUUGGGCCGAGUGUUUCGACAUUGACAUCAUCCACCAGGGGCCCUGCACCGAGGCUUUGGAGAACCCCCCCUGCGCGUGUACCAAGGAGCGCACUCUCGUGUGCGGCGCCGACGGCCAUACUUACCUCAACCCCUGCUGGGCUGCGUGCUCCGGAACCAGCGUCUCCCACGAGGGAGCCUGCAAGAAGGACUCCAAUGACGACCUCACCGCGUCGUGCCGCAACCGCUGCGCGCGCGGCCGCGCGCACCCCUUCUGCGGCGCCGACGGAGUGACGUACCCCAACGCGUGCUUCGCGGACUGCGCCGGGACUGACGUCACCAAGGCGGGCUUCUGCGAGAAGUGCCCCCUGACCCCCGAGAGCAAGAAGGCCAAUCUCGCAUGCGACACCGACGGUUUCACCUGGUACAACAAACACUGGCUCGCCUGCGCUGGCGCCACGUUGGCCCACGAGGGCGCGUGCGCCACGGCUGACGUCAUCGAGCUGACGUCGUCGACCGAGAUCUCCGCCGAAAACGCCGCCUCGUGUCGUACGGCCUGCCCCCGUGGCUGGGCGAACGUCAUCUGCGGCUCCGAUGGCGUCACCUACCCCAACGAGUGCCUGGCAAACUGUGCCGGUGCCGAUUUCGGCAGUCUGGGUUACUGCGAGAAGUGCAAUGCGCCCGAGGACUUCGAACCCGUUUGCGAUGCCCUGGGUUUCACCUGGGUUAACAAGGGUUACAUGGAGUGCGCCAAGGCGGUAUUCGGUUACGACGGCGAAUGCAAGGCGACCCCGGAAUCGUGCGACGACUCCUGCGACAAGCACAACUUCGCAAACCCGGUUUGCGGCGACGAUAACGUAACCUACCCCAGCAGAUGCGCGGCGCAAUGCGCGGGCGUCGCAGUUGCGCGCCGUAGUACCUGCGUGAAAUGCCCGAUCCCCAUGAUCUACGCCCCGGUUUGCGACACCCGGGGUUACACCUGGGUUAACGAGUACGACAUGAAGUGUGCCGGAGGCGAGAAGGCGAAAGACGGCCCCUGCGGCGACUUCGACAAGGAGCUCCUGGCGAUCGCCGAGAUCGAGAAGAGGGUGACGUCAUCCGAGUGCCAGAAGGCGUGCCCGCGCGUGCUCGCGCCGGUGUGCGGCAUGAACGACAAGAGCUACGCCAACGAGUGCCGCAUGGAGUGCGACGGAGUGGAGCUCAAGCACGAGGGCCGAUGCGCCAUUGUCCCCCCAGCAAACUCCGACUCGUGCGACUCCUGCGACAAGAGCAAGUUGGCGAACCCCAUCUGCGGCGGAGACGACCAAACCUACCCCAGCGAGUGCGCGCUAAACUGCGCGGGGGUGGAAGUUAAGCACCGCGGGUUCUGCAAGUACUGCCCGACGCCCCGGCUCUAUGCCCCGGUCUGCGACACCAACGGUUACACGUGGGUUAACAAGUGGGCGCUCGAGUGUGCCAAGGCCGAAAAGGCGCACGACGGCGCUUGCAAGACCGCUGACGUGGCCCUCUUGGCGGCCGCGGAACUGGAGCUGACGUCAUCCGAUUCCGCAGCGGAAGAAGCGGUGUCCGGCGAGUGCGACGACUCGUGCGACAAGAGCGGUUUCACGCGCCCCGUCUGCGGCGCCGACGGCAAAACUUACCCCGGCGGAUGCGCGGCAAAAUGCGCGAGCGUUGAAAUCGCGCACGGAGGCGAUUGCAAGUUCUGCCCCAUUCCCCUGGCCAUCAUGCCGGUCUGCGACACCAACGGUUACACCUGGGUUAACAAAUGGGCUCUUGAGUGCGCCGGCGCCGAGUUGGCGAAGUACGGCCCCUGCAGCGGUCUUGACGAGACGGUUCUGGCAAUCGCCGAAAUUGAGGAGUCGGUGACGUCAUCCGAGUGCCAGAAAGCGUGCCCGCGCGUGCUCGCGCCGGUGUGCGGCAUGAACGACAAGAGCUACGCCAACGAGUGCCGCAUGGAGUGCGACGGAGUGGAGCUCAAGCACGAGGGCCGCUGCGCCAUUGUUCUCCCAACGGAGGAAACGGUCUCCGCCUCGUGCGACGACUCGUGCGACAAGAGCGGCUUCGCGCGCCCCGUGUGCGGCGAGGACGGCAAGACCUACCCCGGCGAAUGCGCGGCAGAAUGCGCGAGCGUUGAAAUCGCGCACGGCUACUUUUGCAAGCCUUGCCCCAUUCCUCGGGUCAUCAUGCCGGUCUGCGACACCCAGGGUUACACGUGGACCAACCAGUGGGAGCUGCUGUGCGCCGGAGGCGAGAAGGCGAACGACGGCCCCUGCGGCGCCUUCGACGAGGAGCUCCUGGCGAUCGCCGAAGUUGAGGAGAGGGUGACGUCAUCCGAGUGCCAGAAGGGUUGCCCGCGCGUGCUCGCGCCGGUGUGCGGCAUGAACGACAAAAGCUAUGCGAACAUUUGCCGCAUGGAGUGCGACGGAGUGGAGCUCAAGCACGAGGGGCGGUGCGCCAUCGCGGUUGUGUGAGGACGUACGCAUACGCGCUCUUCUCGAAGGUCUGCGGCUGCUUUCAAGUGAUGCCUCAUCUCAGCCGAGACUUCCACUUGAGAUCAGAAAAAUCAGCGGUAGUGUUGAGGAAGUGUCUUACUUGACCCGUCAGAACUAGAAACGUGCGAGGUAGAAGUAGGGAGUACUUCAGUAGUGAGUAUUCGAGUGAGUAGCGAGUAGUGAGAGCGUGACCCUGUUAAUUUGGCAUGUCACGAGCAUGCAAUUUUGGGUGUGGACUCGACUUUCUGAGCAGAAUAAGGGGCUGGCACUGCAAGCAAUUUGGAUUGCGAGGAUGCAGGGAAGACUUU